AUGACCACUCCCGUCAUGGCAUACCGCACAGCCGUCCGGGCGGCCGGCUUCCGACACGGCGGCGGUGCGGCACUUUUACGCUGGAACAGCUCCGUCGUGGACGCCUCGCCGCUCAAGUUUGAGCCGCCAGCACCGCCGCCGCCGGUGACGGAGCAGCGCGACAAGCUCCUGGAAGAGGCCAAGAAGAAGAUUUUCCGAGACGCGGUCGCGGCGGACCACGUGCGAAACAACUGGACGAGGCAGGAAAUCGCCGCCAUCUACUACCAGCCGCUGCUGGAGCUGGCGCACCAAGCUAGCGUCGUCCACCGCAAAUUUCACAAGCCCGGCGAGGUGCAGCUGUGCACGCUCAUGAACAUCAAGACGGGCGGGUGCACCGAGGACUGCUCGUACUGCGCGCAGUCGACGCGCUACCAAAAGGGCACCGGCCUCGAGGCCAAAAAGGUCGAGACCGUCGAGUCGGUGCUGGCCGCCGCGCGCACCGCCCGCGACAACGGCAGCACGCGGUUCUGCAUGGGCGCCGCCUGGCGGGACAUGCGCGGGCGCAAGAACAGCCUCAAGAACAUCGCCGCCAUGGUCCGCGGCGUGCGCGCCCUCGGCAUGGAAGCCUGCGUGACCCUCGGCAUGAUCGACGGCGCGCAGGCGCGGCAGCUCGCCGACGCGGGCCUCACCGCCUACAACCACAACGUCGACACCAGCCGCGAGUUCUACCCGAGCGUCAUCUCCACGCGCUCCUACGACGAGCGGCUGCAGACGCUCGCGCACGUCCGCGACGCGGGCGUCAACGUGUGCUCCGGCGGCAUCCUCGGCCUGGGGGAGAGCUCCGAGGACCGCGUGGGCCUGCUGGAGACGGUGGCGACGCUGCCGAGCCACCCGGAGAGCUUUCCCGUGAACGCGCUGGUGCCGAUCAAGGGCACGCCGCUGGGGGACCGCGAGCCGGUGGCGUUUACGAGCGUGUUGCGGACGGUGGCGACGGCGAGGAUCGUGAUGCCGGCGACCAUCAUCCGCAUCGCGGCGGGGCGCAAGACGAUGGCGGAGGAGAAGCAGGCGCUGUGCUUCAUGGCGGGCGCGAACGCCAUCUUCACGGGCGAGAAGAUGCUGACGACGGAGUGCAACGGCUGGGACGAGGACAGCGCCAUGUUCGGCCGCUGGGGGCUGGAGCCGAUGAAGAGCUUCGACAAGUCUCCCCCGGAGGAGGGCGUCAAGGCCGACGUGGCCAAGCAACUGGGUAGCUUUUGA